UUAUUACAGUGAGCUAAGCCGAAUCCUUGGAGAGAAAAAUGGGUAUCAACCCAGAGUUCGUACUGAACAGCGACGACGUCGAAGGCACUUCACUGGCGCAGUCAACCGUAGAGGAAGCGAGUAACGACUUGGAUCGGCCGAAUACAGAUGACAUCCCGAGCUCUUCGCGCGAUGGCCAAAGGAAUAAGCGGUUCAUCUCGGAAAAAUUGGAUGAGCUCAUAGAAGAAAAGAAAAAGUUCCACUCCGAUCUUCUGGAUCAUUUGAAGAAAAAGGAAGAAGCUCGCGAACAGAGGUCCAAUAAAAAAAUUUAUCUUUUAGAAAAACUUAUGAACAAACAUUAAAAGAAUUA